CUCUCCCUUCCUCAAUCGCUUACUCACUCAGUGAUUGUGGGCAGUGCAGUAGAUCUCAGUCACACAGUGGCAUUAGUUUGCUCCGUGUCCGCCUGCACCACAACAGAACGGACGGGAAACCCUCCACACAAGAACUACAGGCUAACAACUGACCUAUAAGAGAUGGAGACCUCUGUUAGGACCAUGAUGUCCAAAGGCAAUGGCAGCACCCCGCCCACAUCAACCCAAGGCACUACUUGUGUGAACCUGAGUUGCUACAUGAUUUUGAAUGAUACAGAGAUGAAAGCCAUCAGCUUCAUCUGUUUCCUGGCUGGGCCCUUCACCUUCCUGGAGAACAUCCUGGUGUUGGCGGUAAUUGCCUCUGCCACCAACCUACGCAGGAGACCCUCCUACCUCUUCAUUGGCAGCCUGGCCCUUGCCGACAUCUUCGCCAGCUGCUUCUUCACCGUUAGCUUCUUGGACUUCCACCUGUACAAACGGAUCGACAGCCGCAAAGCGUACCUCUUCAAGCUGGGCGGAGUGACGAUGGCUUUCACCGGCUCGGUGGGCAGCCUUUUCCUGACGGCUCUCGACCGCUACCUGUGCAUCUACCGGGCGUCACGCUACAAGGUGAUGCUGACGCAUCGGCGAGCCCUGCUGGCUCUCCUGGUGCUGUGGAGUGCCACCGUCCUCAUCUCUUUCCUCCCUUUCCUGGGCUGGGAAUGCUUCACCUGGCACAGUAAACCCUGCUUGCGCCUCUUCCCGUACAUUGACCCCCUCUAUCUGGGCUGCUGGGCCACCUUCAUCCUGAUCCUGCUGUUACUCAUCAUGAGCGCCUACGCCCUGAUCCUGUGGAGGGCCAAUCGGCACGAGGCAUCCAUGACAGGCCUCCAGGCGGCGUCUGCGGGCGGACAAGCCCGCAUGCGGAUGGACAUCCGCCUGGCGCGCACCCUGGGCCUGAUCCUGCUCAUUCUGGCGGGCUGCUGGCUACCGGUGCUGUCCUUCAUGUUGGCGGAUGUCUCGGUGGUGCUCACACGCACCCAACAGCGGGCCUUUGCCUUCUGUAGCACCCUGUGCCUGAUCAACUCAGCCGUCAACCCGCUGCUGUACGCCCUGCGCUGCCAGGAGCUGAGAACGGCGCUGAUGCGACUAUUGGAAAGCACGUGUAAGGGGCUGGGGGGCUUCCAGAGGUGUGCCGAGAGAGACCCAGACACGUCCUCGGCCAAUCACUUAGGCGAAAGCAACAGCUGUAGCGUCUACUCCGUGGGGGACGCGCACAGAACCGCCGGCUGCAGACAGAGCACUGUCUCACUGAAGGUGGACAAUCAGCAGCUGGACAUUAUUUUUGUAAAUGAGAAGGGAGGAGGGGCUUAUCAUGUAUCAGGGGUGUAGCAGUGUUGUGUUCUGAACUUGUUGUCUGUUGUCUUUAUAAAGGCAACUCUCAAAUGAACUGUGGUAACAGGGACCAAAACCAUAGCGACUAUAUUAUCAGAGAAUUGGGGUGAUCCCUCCCGUAAGAAAAUUGCAGCUCUGGAAACAAUUAAGAGACCACUGCACCUUUUUCUUUCCUUUCCAAAAAAGUUGAAAUGGAAGGUUUUGA